UUUUUAACCACAAACCGAAUUUUCUUUCAUUUAGGUGAUCUAUAUAUAUCUAUAUCGUAUAGCUUAUAGCUUAUAUCUAUUUUAAAUAACUUAAAGCCGCUAAAAUUUGGGGGGGAACAGCUUUCGCCCUGGAGCGGUGCGCGAUGCUUUCUCACGCCGACCUUCUGGAUGCCAGGCUAGGUAUGAAAGAUGCCGCCGAGCUGCUGGGCCACCGGGAGGCGGUGAAGUGCAGGCUGGGCGUGGGGGGCUCCGACCCCGGGGGCCACCCGGGAGACCUGGCGCCCAGCUCUGACCCGGUCGAGGGAGCCACCCUACUGCCCGGGGAGGACAUAGGCACGGUGGGCUCUGCCCCGGCCUCACUGGCCGUGAGCGCCAAAGACCCGGACAAGCAGCCGGGGCCCCAGGGCGGCCCGAACCCCAGCCAAGCCGGCCAGCAGCAGGGCCAGCAGAAGCAGAAGCGACACCGGACACGCUUCACCCCUGCGCAGCUCAACGAGCUGGAGAGGAGCUUUGCCAAAACGCACUACCCAGACAUCUUCAUGCGGGAGGAGCUGGCGCUGCGUAUCGGGCUGACCGAGUCCAGAGUGCAGGUCUGGUUCCAGAACCGGCGCGCUAAGUGGAAGAAGCGCAAGAAGACAACCAACGUGUUCCGCGCGCCUGGCACGCUGCUGCCCACGCCGGGCCUGCCGCAGUUCCCCUCGGCCGCCGCAGCCGCCGCGGCCGCCAUGGGCGACAGCCUGUGCUCCUUCCACGCCAACGACACGCGCUGGGCGGCGGCUGCCAUGCCCGGUGUGUCGCAGCUGCCGCUGCCCCCCGCACUCGGCCGCCAGCAGGCCAUGGCGCAGUCGCUGUCCCAGUGCAGCCUGGCGGCGGGACCGCCGCCCAACUCCAUGGGGUUGUCCAACAGCCUGGCGGGCUCCAACGGCGCGGGGCUGCAGUCCCACCUGUACCAGCCUGCCUUCCCCGGCAUGGUGCCCGCCUCCCUCCCCGGCCCCAGCAACGUCUCGGGCUCGCCCCAGCUCUGCAGCUCCCCGGACAGCAGCGAUGUGUGGCGGGGCACGAGCAUCGCCUCCCUGCGCCGCAAGGCGCUCGAGCACACAGUCUCCAUGAGCUUUACCUAAUGC